ACCAAGAGGAGGUGUAUUACAAGAUGAAACAAUGUCCUAAAGAUUUAGGAUAUACAAAUUAUAAUUGGGCCUGCAAUAAUUGGAAACAAUUCUACUGAAACAGAAGAGUGAACUUUUCAGGCAACAUUUGUAUUUUUAUUGUGACAGGGAGGACCAGACUUUUAACCAUGGGGAAAACAGAAUAUUUUAACUGGGACAACUACUUGAAAGAAACAGGGUCUGUAGCUGCCCCUUCACAGUGUUUCAGACAGUCUAAGAUUCCCCCUAGCAAUGAUUUCAAAGUGGGUAUGAAGUUGGAAGCUCAUGACCCCCGGAAUGUUACUUCUGUGUGUAUAGCUACAGUUAUUGGAAUCUCAGGUACUAGAUUAAGGCUGCGUCUUGAUGGAAGUGACAAUAAAAAUGAUUUCUGGAGGCUAGUGGAUUCCUCUGAUAUACAGCAAAUUGGAACGUGUGAAAAGAAAGGAGGAAUGCUUCAACCUCCUUUGGGAUUCCAGAUGAAUGCAUCCUCUUGGCCAAUGUUCCUCCUAAGAACCCUAAAUGGAGCUGAAAUGGCACCUGCUAUAUUGUUUAAGAAGGAACCUCCAAAGCCUUCUCAAAAUCUUUUAAAGAUUGGAAUGAAGCUAGAAGCAAUAGACAGAAAAAAUCCUUAUUUAAUAUGUCCUGCAACUAUUGGAGAUGUAAGAGGAGAUGAAGUUUUUAUAACCUUUGAUGGUUGGCGUGGAGCAUUUGACUAUUGGUGUAAAUAUGAUUCUCGAGAUAUUUUUCCAGUUGGAUGGUGUGAUUUAACAGGGGAUGCACUACAGCCACCAGGAAAAAGUGUUUCUAGCACAAAGAAUAAUAUCAAAGCACAGACCUCUCCUUCCAAAGGAACUCGGAGCUCAAUGCAGUCUCCCCCGAAAUCAGCUUCACCUGUUCCAACUGCCAAAGGCAGGAAACUCACUCCGGCAAAACCACUGGCUCCAUCCACCGUCCUUAGGAAAGUCCAGUCUCCUAAAAAUAUUCCAGUAGUCAAAAACAUUUCUCACAAAGAAAACCUCAAAAAAAGGAAAAAUGACUUAAAACCAGGAAGAAAAAAAAAAACCAUAGCAAUGCAACCUCUUGUCUUUUCUCCUAUUUCUGCAAAAGUCGACAAUAGCAGCCUCCCGAUAUACAGAGAGGCACCUGCUAUCACUGGAACAUCAGCUGUUAUUUCAACAGUUUGUGUCUAUGUUAACAAGCACGGAAAUUCUGGGCCUCAUCUUGAUAAAAAGAAAAUUCAGCAGCUUCCUGAUCACUUUGGACCAGGUCCUGUGAAUGUAGUACUUCAGCAGGCUGUCCAAGCUUGUGUAGAUUGUGCCUAUCAAUCAAAAAUUGUCUUUGGAUUCCUCAGGGUCGGGCAUCAUGCUGGAGAGAUCAUUACUGCCUCUUUUGAUGAGGAGAAACAUGCCAUCAAUCUUCCUUCUGUGAAUAGUGCAUCUUUUGUUCUUCGCUUCUUGGAGAAACUCUGCCACAGCCUACAGUGUGAUAAUCUUUUCAGUAGCCAGCCCUUUAGUCCUUACAUGGGAAAUGCACAUAGUCCCAUCGAACAUGAUAGAAACAAGUCAGCAAAAGAACAAAUAUCAGACAGUAGAAGUGCAAAGCGGUAUUCUCAGGAUUCAUCCCCCUAUCCUGUCCCCAUGUCUCCUAAGCUUCUAAGAACUGAAGCUCACCCAUCUGAAGCAGAAACCCUGCCAAAGGAAGAAACAUCUAAAGAGCACAGCUUUGCUGAGAAUUCAAUGGAUUCUGCGCUUAAUUCAGUCACCCUGUCAAGUUCUAACAAUCAGAAUUCCAGUGAAUAUUGUACCUCAGGGAACACAGCCUAUUUUAGGCAUUCUCUUCCUUCAGUAUCUGCUGCCUCAAACACAGCACCAAAUCAACAGAAAUUAUCAAGUGUUACUGGGAACAAAAGUUAUUGUGAAGUUGCCAGAAAGAGAUUGCAACAGAGGAUUGAAGGUAUUCUCGAGCUUUUAUAAAAGUUCAUGCUUUGUUUGUGUGCACAUCGAUAUGUAUAUUCAUAAAACUGGCUCUAAAAGCACUUUCUUAUUCUAAGUUUAUAAAAGGAGCUAGAAAAUUUAGCAGACAUACUCAAACUAGAAUCUUCACUUUGCUCUACUGACAUCCUUAUUUGGCAAAUGCUGUGGGUAAUUAGCAUUUAUGGAAGGAAGGAAGGAAGGAAGGAAGGAA